UUCUCUUCAAGCCUUCUCCUGCUCCUGCCGACAACCAGGCACCCUCCACACCACACCCAUGGCCUGCUACAACCGCUGCAGUCCCUGCGGACCCACCCCGCUGGCCAACAGCUGCAACGAGCCCUGUGCCCUGCAAUGCCAGGAUUCCCACGUCAUCAUCAACCCUUCCCCUGUGCAGGUCACCCUGCCAGGACCCAUCAUGAGCUCCUUCCCCCAGAACACCGCCGUCGGAUCCACCUCCUCGGCUGCCGUGGGCACUGAGCUCAGUGUGCAGGGACAGCCCAUCUCUGGUGGCUUUGGUGGCUUUGGCUAUGGCCUUGGCUAUGGCCGUGGAUUUGGCUACAGGCUGGGAGGCCUGGGCUGCUAUGGCAGAAGGGGCUAUGGCUCCAUCUGUUAAGGGGCCAGCCUGGGCUGCCUGGAAACAUGGCCCAUCUGCCUCCUAAUCUCCCAGUCCCUACUCUGCAUCGCCCCUUUGGCUCUGUCCAGCUCCUCUGCUGCAAACCCCUUCUCCCAAGCCAGACACCAUUGGGCCCCUCUGGUGGGCUCCUCCCAUGGUGGGGCAGAAUGUUCUUGGUGCUCUGGAAAAACCUCCUGAGAGCAAAGGAACUUGGCUGAUGGUCACCCUACUAUCACCUCAGCCUGCUCCUUUCUACUGGAUGCUCAUGACCUUUUAUUCUUCAUCCUCAAUAAAGUUUUCCUGCAGCAUA